AUGGAGGUACGUGCGAUCACAACGCCAACUGCUGUCGCUGAGGGCAAUGGCAAGGAGUUGCCUGCGGAAACAGGAGCUUGUUCGUUCUCGAGCACUGCGCUUGCCGAGCCACUUACGUCAGCCGAAUUUCGACUCGGCUGCACUGCGCUGCCAAAUAGAGACGCACUCCUCAUCCGUGCUGACUGCAAUUGGAUCCUGACUGUCACACACGCGUAUAUCCACUAUACCAGCAACCCGUCAACUCCGUUCACGAUGCCUAUUCAGCAGCCGUCAAAUCAGAUUAAAUUGACAAACGUGUCUAUUGUCCGUCUGAAGAAGGGGGGAAAGCGAUUCGAGAUCGCGUGCUACAAGAACAAGGUCCAAGAAUGGCGCAGCGGUGUGGAGACAGACAUAGACGACGUUAUGCAGAUUUCCAACGUAUUCAUUAACGUGUCCAAGGGAGAGCUCGCAAAGAGUCAAGACCUGCAGAAAGCGUUUGGAACCACCGACACAAACACGAUAGUCAAAGAAAUUCUGAAGAAGGGCGAACUGCAGGUUGGAGAGAAGGAGCGCGAGCAUGAUCUUACCUCCAUCCGCAAAGAAAUUGCCACCCUCGUCGCGGAGAAGUGCGUCGACCCUGCCACCCAAAAAAGAUACCCUGUAGGCAUCAUCGAGAAGGCAAUGGACGAAGCGGGCUUCAGCAUCCGCCAAGGCAAGAAUGCAAAGAGCCUGGUCUCUGAAUGUAUCAAGCUCCUGCAAACAGAGUCUAAGCUCCCCAUUCAGCGCGCCCGAAUGCGUGUAUCUCUUAAUUUGCCAACUGCGGAUGCAGAACGUCUGCGCACGCGCGUUCUGGAAAGUGCGGAUCAAGUAGAGCGCGAUGAGAAGGGUUCAGAAGACUGGCAGACGAUUCUCCUCAUUGACCCUGGUCAAUUCCGGGUACUGAAUGAGCUGCUUCAGAAGGAGUGUGCAGGACGGGGACGGCUCGAGACCAUCAGUUUCGCAGCAGCUUGA